AAAACCCUCGCCAUGGCGACCGCGACACCGCCGCCCGAGGAGCUUGCCCACGACGCCGGAGCCGAGGAGGAGGAGGAGGAGGACCCGGAGGAGGUGGAGCCGUGGCUCAAUUCCUCCGACGAGGAGCCGGAGGUCCCGGCGCUCGAGACGUGGAAUCCUGCCCCCGACUCGGAGCAGCAGCUGCCGCCGUCGCCGCCGCCUGCACCGACGAAUUCGGCGUCCGAGGCGGUGGAUGAGGGGGAGGUGGAGGCGGCGCCGCGUUGGCCUGGGUUUCCCGGCGCGAGCGUGUUCAGGCUGGUCGUGGCCGGGGACAAGGUGGGCGGCCUCAUCGGGCGCGGGGGCGAGAUCAUCAGGCGCCUCUGCGAGGAGACCCGCGCCCGCGUCCGCAUCCUAGAUUCCACGGACGGCGGCGCCAGCCGGAUUGUUUUGAUAUCUGCCACAGAAGAAACACAAGCAGAAAUUGCACCUGCUAUGCAUGCUGCAAUUAAGAUCUUCAAACAUGUAAAUGAAAUCGAAGGGAUCAACCCUGGUGUCAUAUUAUCUGCUGCUGCACCGGAAGUUUGUUCUGCCAGAUUAUUGGUUCCUACAGCACAAGCUGUGCACUUAAUUGGCAAGCAAGGGAUCACGAUCAAGUCAAUACGAGAAGCUACUGGUGCUACCAUAAGGAUUAUAGAUGAAGGUGAUCUUUUGAGUAAUCAGAUGGUGGAUGAAAAAAUUGUGGAGAUACGUGGUGCUUCCCUCAAGGUCCUCAAUGCCCUCAAAUCUGUACUUGGACUUCUUCGGAAGUUUCUAGUUGAUCAUGGUGUCCUUCAUCUAUUUGAAAGAAAGAACCGAGCAGCAGAUCAGGUGCAGGAUAGUUCUAAAGAAAACCCAGUUACCUACAAUUAUGCUCUUCCAGUGAACCAAGACCUUUUGCGAUCCGAAUGUCCAAGUCCUCUUAACCCAGAUGACAGCAGAUACAUGUCGCAUGGACGAGACCCAUCUGUCUGUGACCUAUAUUCACCAGAUAUCAGACGCCCAACUGAUUCCUUAAUACCAAAGAUUAAACAGACAAUGCAGAUCCCGUUGCCAUUAGCUGAAGAGAUAAUUGGUGUUCAGGGACAAACCAUUACUGAUAUACGUUCUAUCAGUGGUGCGGUUGUUGUUCUCGAGGAAACUGGAGAUUAUUUGGACGAGGUUCUUGUUACAGUAGAAGGCAGUUCUUCACAAGUUCAGACUGCGCAUCGACUUAUACAGGAGAUCCUAUCGGGUGGCAGGGAACCUCCACCACCCAGAAGCAGCUACAGGGACCCUGAUGCUGGCCCGAGGCCUCUGUUAGCUCGUUACCGAGCUUCAGCAACUCGGGACUACGCACCCUCCCUGUACCACGAAUACCAGUCAAUCAGCGACCGCCGUGAACACUCUGACUACUACCACGGAUAUGGGCUGUAGCAAGCCAAGCCGAGUAGCUAACCGCCCCCUAGCUUCAUCGUCGCGCCUAACGUCGAUUGCCCCACCUGGAUGGUGAAAUGUGCAAUGCUCGUUAGCUGACCUUGCCGGAUGAGGGAAGAUGAAUGGAACUGCAGUGAUCUGACAUUCGAAGAAUCCGAUGCCUAAGCUAGUUUUCUUUUUUGCAUAUUCACCCUUGUCUGAAGAAACUUAGCUGUGGUAAGAAUGUUUCCAGGAUUGUGGCACCUGGUUUGAGCAUGGUAGUCCCAUGUCGGCUGUAAUGUAAUGUAAUGUAAUGGAUUGUUGUUGACGCGAUG